AUGAGCGGUCAGCACUACAGCAGCAAUCCGUUAGCCAGCCCCAUUCAACACUGCUUAUUGACUGCGUUUGGUCCCGCCGACCUGGGUGUUUGUGGCAUCCCGCAAAGGAGCAUGAUGCCAGUAUGCUCGCCGCUUCUUCCACUCUUAUCCACUGAUUCGAUCAUCCCCGGACAAACAAGGGUGACUGCGAAAUUUCUUUUUCAAAACGGCUCUUCCCACCCGCCACCCGCAGACCAUGGGGCUGGUCCUUCCAAUGACACCGAGACGCGGAAAUGGAUGGCUCUGCGAGUCUCGGUGGAGUCCGCAUACCCGAGCCUCCCCGACUUGUUUGCCAACUUCAUCUCCAGUCCAGGUACCGAUUACCAACCGAUGGCCGAGGCUGGUGGCAUGUUGCUGCCAUACGAAAUCCUCAAAGAUGGCGCAUUGCGGUCGAUAGCCCAAACUAGCUGCUUCGGUCAAUCUGUCGGGAGCAUACGGUUGCUUCCUCAUCCUUCGCCGCCCUGCGAGGCGCCGCCAACGCAGCAACGGCAGCUAAACCGUUUUGGAUGCGGGAAGCCGGCGUCAAAUGUACAUCUCCCGCCCAUGUCUCACCAAAGUUCGAAUAGAGACAUACGGAAGGAGGAUGCCACAUUGUUUCACAGCAAAGUUGCUGCGUAA